GCUGAUUUUCCAGCUCCUAAUCUCCCGCGAAACUCUGGAGAGUGGGACUCUAGAUUAUGAAUUUGUCCAAAUCGAUCGGUCUCCCAUUCUUCCAUGCUUUACUCAAAUCUCACCUCGAAAUCAAAACUUCCAAUCCUCCAUUGCUUGUUUUUCGCCAAUUGUUACAGUCCAAACUGAAACCAGAUGACCUUACUUUCUCCCUGCUCCUCAAGGCCUUUGCUUUCGAUUCACUGAAUACGAAGGUAGAAGCAAAUCAGAUCCAUACUCAUUUGAUUAAGUCCGGCGUUCAUCAGUUUGUUUACGUGUGUACUGCUCUUCUCAAUUCGUAUGUAAAAUUGGGAUGCAUGAAAAAUGCACGGUUGUUGUUUGAUGAUAUGCCCGACAGAGAUGUAGUCGCUUGGAAUGCAUUGAUUUGUGGGUAUUCCCGAAAUGGGUAUGACUUUGACGCUUUGUGUCUAUUCGUUGAAAUGCUUAGGGAGGGUUUUAGUCCUCAAAGUUCAACCUUAGUAGGUUUGGUUCCGUCUUGUGGGCAGCAUGCGUUAGUGUUUCAGGGGAGAUCUGCUCAUGGGUUUGGAAUUAAGACUGGGUUAGAUAGGGAUUCUCAAGUGGGAAAUGUAUUCUUGUCGAUGUAUGCUAAAUGUGGGGACUUGGAAGCAGCGGAAAUCUUGUUUGAAGAAAUGGUUGAGAAGACUGUAGUUUCGUGGAACACCAUGAUUGGUGCCUAUGGACAGAAUGGUUUAUUUGACGAGGCCAUGUAUGUAUUCAAGCAAAUGCAAGAGAAAUAUGUGGAAGCAAACUCAAUAACCAUUGUAAGCAUUUUAUCAGCUAAUGCUAAUCCUGAGAUUAUUCAUUGUUUUGCUAUAAAAACUGGUAUUGUCUGUGAUGAUUCUGUAGUUACUUCUCUAGCUUGUGUAUAUUCAAAGUAUGGGGACACAGAUUCUGCAGAACUGCUUUAUAGGUCAACACCCAUUGAUAAUAUAGUUUCCUUGACAGCUAUUAUCUCAAGCUAUGCAGAGAAAGGAGAUAUGGAUUUGGCAAUGACAUGUUUUGCUCGGAUGAAGCAAUUAAACAUGAAACUUGAUGCUGUUGCUAUGGUUAGCAUUCUUGGUGGGUUUAAAAGUCCAGAUCAUACUGAUAUUGGACGUGCUUUCCAUGGUUAUGGAGUAACGAGUGGCUUGUGCAUCCAUACUUUGGUCACAAAUGCACUAAUAAGCAUGUAUUCAAGGUUUGAUGACACAGAAGCUGCUUUGUCUUUGUUUUAUGAGAUGCAAGAAAAACCAUUAAUUAGUUGGAAUUCAAUAAUAUCUGGCUGUGUGCAGGCUGGAAGAGCAAGUGAUGCCAUGGAGUUGUUCUGUCAAAUGAAGAUGUAUGGACAUACUCCAGAUUUUAUCACCAUUGCAAGCUUGCUUUCUGGGUGCUCACAAAUAGGAUAUUUGCAGUUUGGUAAGAAACUUCAUACUUAUAUCCUCAGGAACAAGCUGGAAGUUGAAGAUUUUGUUGGCACUGCUCUUAUAGAUAUGUACAUUAAAUGUGGGAGCAUAGAGCUUGCAGAAAGGGUAUUUAGGAGCAUCAAAGAGCCAUGUUUGGCUUCAUGGAACACAAUGAUUACAGGCUACAGUUUAUGUGGAUUUGAAAGGAAAGCAUUUACCCAUUACUCUGGAUUGCUAGAACAAGGUCUAAAACCUGAUAAAAUUACAUUCCUGGGAGUUUUAGCUGCUUGUACUCAUGGAGGUCUUGUUCAUGAAGGGAGAAGAUAUUUUCAGCUUAUGACAGAAGAAUAUAUGAUUACUCCAAAUCUGCAACACUAUGCUUGCAUGGUCGGUCUCCUUGGUCGUGCAGCCUUAUUUGAGGAAGCACUGGUAGUCAUAAAAAAUAUGCAAGUUGAGCCUGAUUGUGCCGUGUGGGGAGCUUUGCUCAGCGGCUGUUGCAUCCACCAAGAGGUCAAGCUUGGCGAAUAUUUGGCAAAGAAGCUAUAUCUCUUGGAUUACAGACAUGGUGGCCUUUACGUGAUGAUGUCAAAUCUUUAUGCAUCUCAAGGUAUGUGGGAUGAUGUAGCAAAGGUAAGGGAAAUGAUGAGAGAAACUGGAGGUGAUGGCUGUUCCGGAGUUAGUUCGGUUGAGGUAACCUCGUUUGAAGAAAUGGAUAACAAAUUCAUAUCUUAGAGAAGGUGACGAUCUUAAUACAAAUUCUUCUCUGCAUUUGUUUUAACAUUGAUUCCUUGGCCCUUAUUAUUGCGGCCAGAGUCUCCUGCCAUUCUGGAUCUCACGUCAUAACCAUUUUUUAGAAAAGAAAAGCAAAAUUCCAAU